CCUCAUAUCAUUAAGGGACACGUUGGGACUGGCAACGAAAAGGAACCUUAAGGAAUUCCUUAAUCCAUGGACACUAUUCCACUCUCCGGUCGGAUACCAGAAGAGUUUGCGUUAAUUCCAUACUGAAUGUCUCCCCUCAUCAGCAGAUUUCAUCCCUUGAAGGUGGUAUAAAUCACGGGUGCUUGAUUAGAGUUCUUCCCGUAGAUUUAGAAAAGUUGGAGUUCGUGAUGCAGAGGUGUACGAUUCUUGUUGCUUGUCUUCUAGUCUUUGUUAUAAUAUCUUUUGGAGCAACGAAGACUUGGUUAAGUCGCGUGCGUAGAGAUGGCGGGGAAAUUCCAGGAGGAGUGAAAAAGGACGGCAUAUGUCCUGACGAAUCGGACCCUGUGUUUAACAGCAUUCUACAAGUAGGCAAAUGUCCAAAUAGUUGCCGAAUAAGUUUAAGAGACUACGACUGCAUUGAUGCCAAGAAAUGCUGCCCCACCCCGUGUAGCGGAAAUAGCUUUAUGUGCGUGGAUCCACAAGGCGGACCCACAACCCAGACGAUGGCAACAUCCAAAGUCGCCACGACCAAGACAAUGACAACAUCCAAAGCCACCACGACACAGGCAACGACCACACCCAAAGCCACCACGACCCAGGCGACGACCACACCCAAAGACAUAACUACACUUUCAGACAACAACAACAACAACAACAACAACAACAACAACAACAACAACACCUAAAACAUGUGAACAAUGAACAUGCUUUCGGUCAUUCGGGUAUUUAGUGCAUGAUGCCAACGGGCAACAGUGCGAAAACCAGGUGCACCACCCUAACUUCGAUCCCUAAAAAAUACUUUUCACAUAAAGCUAAGUAUAUGUUUACCAAUUCUGUCAAAAAAAAGGAAGGUUGACAAUUUUAUUUUGUUCGGCUAUACCCGUCCUUAAUUAAAACACGAGGAGACUCUACGCUUUGGUGAGCAAAAUUUUGCCAUUUUUCGGCACACCUAAACGUGCCAAAGUAGAACUUCAAAAACCCGUGUUCCCCGUCAUGACCUUUACUUCUGGGUCAACGUAGUUUUGUCGUAAUUGUUUGAAAAUUAAACUUUUGCCAUGAAAUAAUAUCAAAGAUAGAUGAAGGUAACAUUGUCAGGCGUGAUUAGCAAAAUGGAAUUUCUCUAAAAUAAAAUUAUUCUCGCCCCAAAUCUUAAAUUCAUCUCAAUGUUAAUUAAGAGGGAAACAAUGUAUUAUAUAUAUUCACGUUGAAACUGUAGGCCUAUUUAUAAAUAAUUGUAAUAGGUGUUUCAUUUUAAAGAGUUUUGUACAAAUAGAAGUGUAAAUCUUGCUACUGUCACCAUUACUCCCGAAGUACAACAGUCUCAAUAUUUCGUUCACCAAAAUGUACACUUUAAUUAACGUGCACCAACUGGUUGUGGAAUAAAUAAAUAAAAAUAACAAUUGCCUGUUUUUAGCCCAGGGCAGAAACCGGAGUGCAGUAAAUCAAAUUGCAAUGCAAUCCCGUACAAUGCCUCCCGGUACACCCAUUUUACAUCUCACUGUUGUAAAUAUAAUAAAGCGAAAGAAUACCUUUGGCUUUUGGACCUGUUUGAUUGUUUAAAUCCUAUACAUGUACAUACAUUACAAUUAACUUGUGAAAAUUACACUGUGGUAGCGGUUUGAGAAAUUUUCGAAAAUCAGGAGUGGUUAUGUCCGACCGAGCACGAAGAAUAAUCCGAAUUCGGAAUGCAAAAUUUGAGAAACGCUUCUGUGAGCAAGGUUUCUCAGAUUCAAAUUUGGGAAUAAAAACUGAUAUCUUUGUCCAGAAGUACACUACGUCAAAGUAAAAAGUAUCUUAAAAAUGUUUAAACUAUCGAAAGCUGCUGUUCUUUUAAAAAGUAUGGUUGAUUAACCAUUGACUUUAAGAGUGACUACUAAAGGUAGACCUUCCCUUAAAGAGCCAAUAAAGGAU